AUGACAUCCCGGGACCGUGUGCCUCUCUCCAAGUCACGGGCGGAGAAGUCACGCCCCCCCACGGUACCCAUCCCUCAAGUGGAUAUCGUCCCAGGACGCCUCUCUGAGUUGGAAUGGAUCUCCCUGGUCACCAUGGAGGAAGGAGAGGAUGGAGUGGGAGAUAUCCUGGAAGGGAUGAUAAACCAAGUGAUGGACGAGUGCUAUAAAGUGUACCUGGCUCGGCAGUGCAUCCCAUUCACCAUCAGCCAGGCACGGGAUGCCAUCCUGCAGAUUGCCGAAUGGCGCUUCCUGGCGCGGGAUGAGGGGGAGGCCACCGUGGAAGAAGAUGCUACCUGGCAGGAGGAGGAAGAGCCAGUGGCCUGUGUCACAGACUCGUGGGCACAGGGCUCAGUCCCCGUCAUGCGAACCAGCCUGACCCUGUUCCCGAAGGAGAGAGAGCCCUUCCAACAGGUCCCAUGUGCCAGAGACCCAUUGUCGUUGGGCACACAGCCAAUGCAGGGAUGUGUGACAGGUUCCCCCUGGGCUGCCACCUGGAACUGGGGUACCACUGAGCCUCUGACCCACCAGCCUGGGCUCCCUCUCACACUGUGCUGCUGUGACGAGGUGCAAAACCCUCCAGCCUUCACACAGGUGUCUUUGGACAAACUCCCCGAGGAAACACUUUCCCAUGAGGAGACGCGGUCCUACACAGGAUCCCCCGAGGUGCCAGCAAGCCCCCCCUCAGAACAGCCUUCUCAGGAGAAGGGGGUCAAGUCUGCAAAGUCAUCCAGGCCCCAGAAUCUGCUUCCCCAGCCAGCCCCACCCCCCUCGCCCAAGACCAGAAAAGCAUACAGGCCCCAUCGAGGGCUGCUGCGUUCAGCCAGCCUGAAGAGCAUGGCCAGGCCCCUACAGGAGACUGAGAAGGAGCUGCUCCGGCAGCAGCUCUCACAGACAGUGCCUGAGGAAUCACCACAGGAAGAUCUUGGCAGCCUUCACCAGCUCCUGCCCAUGUCGUGCAGCAACCUGCUGAAGAUCCAGAUGGGCAGGCCCCCCACCAUCAAGGGUGUGACAUAUGAUGAGUUCGGUACAGUCAUCGCCAUGCCCAAGCUGGACCCAACCCAGCUACCCAAGCGCUGGAUCAAGCCUCAGGUGGAGGUGCUGGAUCCAGAUGUUGAGGCCAAGCGGCAGGAAGUUCUCAAAACCGUCUCCGGGCGUGGCCAGAGGAGUACGAAGUCCCUCAGCCGUGCAGCCCAAGGGCCAGGGGUAGGAGAGCUCAUUAGCGUUAAGCUGCUCCAGGACACGGGGCCCACGCUGAGUGGUGGGCUGGCCCAGGCUUUCUGUCCGAGACACGCGGACAAGAGAGCUCAGCAUUUGCCUUCCACAGGGAAAAGCCUUGAACCCAGCAGCCAUGUCUACUGGAAGCCCAGCAACCUGCUGGACUCCAUUGAGCUGGCCCCAGGAGUGGCAAUCAGGGACAGCAGCAGUGUGAAGCGUGGGCCCCACCAUGGGGCACUCUAUGAAGAGGGCGGGGAAGGGGUCUUCCAAAGGAAGCUCAGGCCCAUCCGCCCCAGAGUGCCACUGCCCGCAGUUGCUGUGGAGCAGCUCAUCCGUGAUCACACGCCCCAGGUCCGGCCAAUGGCUCUGCUCACAUCGCUCAUGUCAUCGGGGCCAGAGCACUUCUAA